GACACCGGGAGCCUAAGGAGGACCCCGCAGCAAUGAAAUCUCUGGCAAAAACGCCGGCCGAUGCAAACCUGACUACUAACGUUAGUAAGUACCUUAGGUAGUGGCGGGCCGGGCCAGUCAGGUUGCGCCGAUGCAGAGCCUGACGCUUCCGUCCAAUACGAAAUUUACCGCUUUUUUCGCAUCACAGCAAACCUCUUCUCUACCGGCACAUCCCGCCUCCUCUCACUCAACCAGCCCUCUGCGUCUGCACUGAGCGCCUGCACAAUUAAUCGCUCAUAUUCGCUGUCUUCUACUUUAGAGCACGCGACGCGAGUCUUACUUUGCUAUUGUUUUAUUUCCCCUCCGCUGCUCGCAUACAGCCAGAGACCGGUUCGUCCUCGACUCGCCAAAGACGACGUCACUUUCUCCCAACAACCUCCGCCCCCCCUGGCUCGACGUCACUCCUCUCAAGCAACAUACGCCGUCAUCGACCAGCCUGUCGCCUGCCUCGCCCAAAUAUCGCCUCGACUUCCCCUCGAUCCCUCCUAAACCUUCAAGUUGGCUCAACUAGCCGCUGCACGCGUCGCCGCCUCUUCGCUACUCGGCCCUGGUCUCUGGGUCUACAGCGGAGUCAAUAACAAGCCCCCAUAAUUGGGGUGAGCGUGCAACGAACAACUUUGUCCGCCCUCUACUUCGCCAACCUCUUGCGAGGUUUGUCUACAACUCCUCAUCGGAGUAUCGAACCUGUUUCGACCCCUAAUUUUGCUCCCAGCCGCCACUCGGCGCGCAGCCGCCGCGCCGGGUACGUACGCCAGACGGGUUAGUCGUCGUCCACCAAUGGUUCAACGUCACCAUCGUCGACACACCAAGCUAUGAGCCCCUCGCCUUGAACCGUCUCCUCGUGCUUGAGAAGCCAGUAGACCUUGGGCAUCUGUUGGCCAACAAAAGCGACAGACUUGUUUGACAGCAGACAGUCGAGCGAUCUCCCCUCGUUGCCCACCAUGUCCGACCACGACGGCAUGGCCUCCGACCCCGGCUAUGACACGCCGGUGCCGGAACUUGAUGAUCAUCGCCACCAGUCGUCCUCAUCCCAGCGCACCGAGCGCCCCCGCAGAGGAACCUUCGAUUCUCUUUACGGGACAACGCAGCUCGAACCGAACCCCAGUACUCCGGCCAUUCGCGUUCGCGACUUCGAGGAGGCAAUAAUCGAUGAGGAUGGCCUUGAGGUUCCGGCCUUUACUCGUCACGGGCGUCGUCCCACUGCCGACACUUGCGACGCAAGGUCCGUGUCUCCACCGAACUCGGUCAAGGCCUUUGCCCAGGCUCGCCGCAGGGAGCGGGAAAUGUCCUUUUCGGAGCCCAAAGGUGAACUGGAAGAUGUGCUUGGCCGGGCCAUGUCCGUCUCCAGCCGCCGCAGCCAUCGAAGCCGGCCUCGCACCAUUGAUGACUCUGGGAGUAUUCUGACCAACAAAGAAGCAGAGGAAGAUGUCUGCUUCCCACUCCAGCCGGGCCAUCGUAACCAUGAGCUCCGAAUCGAUUUUGACUAUCUUGAGGGUUUCAUCAACACAGAGCGUGCUGCACGCGUCUGUAGCCAUGAGACUGGCCGUUCAUACCCCUGCGAAGACUUGCGAACUCGAUCUGCGGACAGUCGCCCGACUCAACUGGCCACAAUUGACGGCGACAUUGUCGACAUGCCGUCUGACGAGUCGAUGACAAACGAGAAGGAAGAUUCGGAAGGUCAGGUCAAACCCGUACAGCCGAGUUCGUUGGACAAAAACCGCUUUAGCUUCUUUUCGUCUGCCUGGGAGUCGACCAUUCACGCUGCCGAACUCGGCGACCUAGUGCUACCUGGCGAGGAUAUUCGCGGCCUCUUUGAGCUUCCAAAAGACGAAGAGCAUGGCGUGUGGUGGCUCAACGUAAAUCGGGCCACGAAGGAAGAAGUUCACGGAAUUUGCAAAGCUUUCGGAGUCCACCCCCUGACCAUUGAGGAUAUUAUCACGCAAGAGGCCCGAGAGAAGAUCGAGCUGUUCCCCGCAUACUACUUCGCCUGUUUCCGAUCUUUCAAUGUCGUCGAAGAACCGGACGGCAUCGAGUAUGAGCCUUUCAACAUCUACGUACUCGUGUUCCGGGAGGGAACCCUGAGUUUCAGCUUCGCGCCCAAUUCGCAUGCCUCCCAAGUGCGGAAGAGGAUCACGGCCCUCAAGGAAUACGUGUCCCUCAGCAGCGACUGGAUCUGCUACGCCCUCAUUGACAAUAUUGUCGAUUGCUUUGCCCCCGUCAUCAGAACCAUUGAGCUGGAGGCGGAUGCUAUUGAGGAUGAAGUUUUUAUCAUGCGACAAGACGACUCCAGCUCCUUCCUCCGCUCGAUUGGUCGUGUGCGAAAGAAUUGUAUGGCUUUGCUGCGGCUUCUUGGCGGCAAAGCCGACGUUCUGCGUGGAUUCACGAAGCGUUGCAAUGAGAACUACCAGGUUACGCCUCAUAUGGACAUUGGAAUGUACCUCGGCGAUAUUCAAGAUCACGUUGUGACCAUGGCGACAAACCUGGGGCAUUUUGAGAAGAUGCUUUCGCGGGCACACAGCAACUAUCUCGCGACCUUGUCCAUCAACAGCAUCUCUCAAGGCACUGACACAAACCGUGUUCUCAGCAAGAUCACGUUCUUGGCAUCUAUUCUGGUGCCUCUGAAUUUGAUUAGCGGUGUGUUUGGAAUGAACGUCUCGGUGCCGUGGCAGGGUAGCGGCCGGCUCGAGCCCUUCUUUGGCAUCAUUGGAACCAUGGCGUUGGUCUGUUGCCUCUUUCUGGGCUUGGCGCGUUGGAAGCGCUACAUUUGAGCGGAACUUGUGUAGAGUCGGACGCGUGGCGUGGCAGAGGUGUCAAGUCUUCUGUUCUCAGCAGUAUAUAGUAGGUACCUAUUGAGGUGUUGGUGGCGAUGACCUUGUGCAAAGCGCCAGGUGGUGUUGCUGUGGCCAGCUCAUAAUGAGAGACCUACCUAGCCGGCGUAGGGCAUCAAGAGGCUGAGUCCAUCAGGAUACUUUGUAACUUAGUAUGUAGCAAGGAACAGGCCCGACCUUGACCGCGAGAAGAAUUGUUGCAUCCAAUGAGUGCGCGGCCUGGUUAGUUAUACGG